AUAUAUGUAUGUGUGUGUAGAAAACACUUUGAGUUUUCAAAACAUAACUGGACGUAUAGCUUCCACAUCCAGAACCUGUUAAACAACCCGCUCGCCUAAUGCUAUUUUUAUGCAAUAUAAACAGGUCAUAAGCGCUCCAGACUGACUGAUGGGUCUCACCUGUGCUCUGGGAGGUUAGAGAUACUUCAUGAUCAGACAUGGAUGUCAGUGUGUGAGUCUGUCUUUGACCAGCAGGAUGCAGAGGUUGUGUGUAGAGAGCUGGACUGUGGGGCUCCUGUACAGGUGCUGAGAGAAGCUGCUUUUAACAAAGGAGACACUCAGAUGUGGACACGAGAGAUUCAGUGCAGAGGAGAUGAAUCUCAUAUUUCAUUCUGUUCAAUAUCAUCAUCAAACAAACACAACUGCACCAGUGACAACAUUGUAGAACUGAUCUGUUCUGGUUACACUGAUCUCAGACUGAUAAAUAGCUCAGACUCUUGUUCAGGAAGAGUGGAGCUUCAGUUCCUCAAACAAUGGGGCACAGUGUGUGAUGCAUGCUGGGAUAUGAGAGCGGCCAGUGUCCUCUGUAGACAGCUGAAUUGUGGGAUUGCUGUGUCUGUUGUGGGAUCAGACUGGUUUGGAGAGGGAAGUGGUGAAAUCUGGGCUGAUGUGUUUGAUUGUGACGGGAAUGAAACAAAACUCUCAGAAUGUUUCAUCUCUUCAUGGAGUCGAGCUGAACGUUCUCAUAGAAGAGAUGUUGGAGUCAUCUGCUCUAAUUCCUCUCUGUCUCUUCAUGACGGUCUGGUGCGGUUGUCUGGAGAGAGACAGUGUGAGGGGGAGCUGGAGGUUUUCUUCCAUCAGGUCUGGAGGAGAGUUCUGCUGGACUCCUGGAGUCUCACUGAAUCCUCUGUGGUCUGCAGACAGCUGGGCUGUGGCUCUGCGCUCAACUUCUCCGGCUCCUCUUCAUCCAGUCCUGAACACAGUCAUGAGUGUGUGACGGGCUUCCAGUGCUCUGGGAGUGAAGCUCAUCUGGGGAACUGCAGCUCUCCACAAACUCUCAACUGCAGCUCCACACAACAGCUGUCCAUCACCUGCCUCGGUCGCGGGUCCAUCAGGCUGGUGGGUUCUGGGGGAGACUGUGCAGGGAGGCUGGAGGUUUUUCACGGCGGCUCAUGGGGGACAGUGUGUGAUGACUCCUGGGAUAUUAAAGAUGCCCAUGUGGUGUGCAGACAGCUGCAGUGUGGAGUGGCCCUCAGUAACCAGCAGGUACCAGCCUGGUUUGGUCCUGGUUCUGGACACAUAUGGCUGGAUGAGGUGGAGUGUGAGGGGAAUGAGACGUCCCUGUGGAGCUGCUCUUCUCCAGGCUGGGGACAACAUGACUGUAAUCACAAGGAGGAUGUAGGAGUCGUGUGCUCAGAGUUCAAAGAGUUCAUGUUAUCUGAGGGUUGUGAAGGGAAUGUGGAGGUUUUCUUCAAUGGAUCCUGGGGCAAUGUGUGUUAUAAUCAGAUGGACAGAGACACAGCGAGUCUGAUCUGUCAAGAACUGAACUGUGGAAGAUCUGGUGUUUUGUCUGAUUCUACAUCGAGAGUGAAAUCAGCUCCUAACUGGAUGGAUAAAGUAGCAUGUCGUAAACAUGACUCCGCUUUAUUGCAGUGUCCUUCUUCACCCUGGGGACAGAAUAACUGUGGUGAAGAUGAAGUGGCCAAAAUCAUCUGCUCAGAACAAGAGAUCCAUGAGUCUCCUCGAAGCUCCCUGACAUGCUCCACUUCUCCACAUCAGAGACAGUGUUCAGAUCAUGUUCCUCUCAGACUGAGUGGAGGUAAGGGCCGGUGCUCUGGGAGGCUGGAGGUGUAUCAUAACGCUGUGUGGGGCUCAGUCUGUGAUGAUCAGUGGGACAUCAGAGAUGCUCAGGUGGUCUGCAGACAGCUGGGUUGUGGAGCAGCACUGAGGGCUGAUGGGAAUUCAGUCUUUGGUGCUGGUGAAGGUGUUGUGUGGAUGAACAGAGUCGAGUGCAGAGGGAAUGAGAUUCACCUGUGGGACUGUCCUCUCUCCCUGAAAAACCACACUGACUGCUCCCACAAAGAGCACGCUGGACUCACCUGUGCAGAUGUUUCAGAUGUGUCAGUGUCCUCUACUCCUGACACAACAACAUCAGUUUCUCCUCCAGUGCGCUCAACAUCAGUCUCUCUUUCACAAACUCCUCCAGCAGAGUCUCUCUCCGUCUCCCCAGAGCUUGUGAUUGUUCUGGGAGUUGUGCUCUUACUGCUCUUAGUGCCACUGCUUAUACUGAUUCAGCAGAACAGAGUGAUGAGGAGAGCUCUCUCUAAGAGGAGACACAGGACGACGACUGAGGCUGUUUAUGAGGAGAUUCAGCACAAACCCAUUAAUAGACACAGUCUCUUCACUCAGAGGGGAAGUGUCCUUUCUGAAAAACAGCAUUCUGGGUAUGAAGAUGCUGAUGAGCUUCUUUCAGAAGAGCAACAAAUCACACCAGAGCAUUAUGAUGAUGUGAUCCCUUCUGGACAAAGACAUAAUGCUAACGAUGACUUACCAGAAAACUAUGAUGAUGUAAUCAUUAUAAAACAGUUGUCCAAUGAUAAAGCAGAGGGUGUUCAGGAGGAGUAUGAUGACGUGAAGAAUGUUGGAGAAUAUAUGAGGGACAUGCUUGACUAUGAUGAUGUGGAGGAGGAUCCAGAGAAACAGUCAGGAGCUGAAUAACUCACACAUCAACCACUGCCUCAAAUCCUUUCAAAGCUUUUAAUGUUUAAGCAAUAUUAAUAUAUGUUUCAGUUGCACUCUAACCAUGUUUUAUUGCAUCCUAUAUCGAAAUAUACAAUUGCUGUUUUAGACAGAAAAAUCUGCUUAACUUUUUCUUUUCUGAAUUUUGAGAGAACAAAAACCUGUCAUUUUCUGUCAUUCAGUUACUUUGUAAGAACAUAAUUGUGUUCAGAUUGUUCACCAAUCAGGUACCACCCAUCAUUAAAGGAUAAUAUUGUUAUUCCAAGCCAGCAGAGGGAGCCCUUACCUCUGGAUGAACUGUGAUCGCUCCCUCUUCUGCUGCUUCCUGUUUGGGGACUAUAAAUUCUGAAGCAGGCCUCUCACCUACAUGCAGCGUUAUUGUUAGCAUGUUCCUUGUUAAGUAUUGCGUUGGUUUUUUCCCCUUGUUGUUAUUCUUUUGUUUUGACCCUGCCUGUUUUUGGUUUUCUUGAUCAUUUGCUGCCUGACCCGACCUCUGCCUUAGAUUUUGUUGUUGCCUUACCUCUUAUA